AUGUGACCGCGGUGUUCGGCGGAGCGAUCUGCACGACGACAAAGGGACGAGAUGUUGUUAGCAGGGUGAUCCCAUUACAGAGGACGCAUGUUGUAAUAUGGUCGAAACAAAUGCGUAAUAAGCGUUAGGCCUGCCAUCCAAAAAACUACAAAACUACUAUAAUCUAAACUGCCUAUGCGCAGUAACUUUUAGUGGAUUUAUAGACUUCUCGCGUGGGAAAUGGAGGAGAAGAGAACGUGGGAUUGCACUGCUCUCCCCAAGGGCUGGAACAUGGAAGAAGUGACCAGAAAGUCGGGUUUGUCAGCUGGAAAAAGCGAUGUCUAUUAUUUUAGCCGAGGAGAAGACGAGCAAGAUGAGGAACAGAGGCAAGAGAGGGGGGAGGCGGGUCGGUUGUAUAGUCUGUGUCCAUCUGGGAAGAAGUUUCGGAGCAAGCCUCAGCUGGCCCGUUACCUUGGUAACCAGAUGGACCUCAGCUCCUUCGAUUUCCGCACGGGGAAGAUGCUGAUGAGCAAGCUGAACAAGAACCGCCAGAGGAUGCGCUAUGAUAACAACAACCAGAAUAAGGGCAAACCUGACCUGAACACGUCGCUCCCAGUCCGACAGACGGCCUCCAUCUUUAAGCAGCCCGUAACCAAGGUUACCAACCACCCGAACAACAAAGUGAAGGCGGAUCCUCAGAAAGCCGUCGACCAGCCCAGACAGCUUUUUUGGGAGAAGAAACUCGGUGGUCUCAAUGCUUAUGACAUUGCAGAGGAGCUGGUGAAAACAAUGGAACUACCGAAAGGCCUGCAGGGUGUCGGUCCAGGAUGCACAGACAAGACUCUCCUGUCGGCCAUCGCCAGCGCUCUGCACACCAGCGCUGCUCCCAUCACGGGCCAACUGUCUGCUGCUGUGGAGAAGAACCCAGGAGUCUGGCUCAACACCACGCAGCCACUGUGCAAGGCCUUCAUCGUCACCGACGAGGACAUCAGGAAACAGGAGGAGCUGGUGUACAGCGUGAGGAAAAGGCUGGAGGACGCACUGAUGGCGGAUAUGUUGGCUCACGUGGAGGAGGCCGCCGCCAGCGAGGGGGAGGCUCUGAAAGACGAAGACAACAGCAGUGAAGACAUGGAGAGUGUAUAGCACAGGGAUUUGUUCCAACACACACACACACGACCAUGAACAGUAGGAGCCGUACAGCUGUCCUGAUGAACUGUCCCUGUGUGUCUGCGUCCAUCCUAACCCGAACCUAACGUGUCCGUA